AUUUUUUGGAAAAUAACAGACUUGGUCAUCUUUCUCAUCUAUGGGCGAGAAAAUUUUCCAUUAAAGAAAAGUUAGCAAUGACCUCUCAACCCACAUUACUACUUCCUCUAUCCAUUCCUUAGCAUCUUCUUGAUUUUCCGGCCAGCCCAGAAAUGGCUGAUAAUCGGCCACCAUUGUCGUCAUCAUCAUCAUCCAGAGGUAGAAGCUAUGGAAGAGGAGCUUUCUUGGUUCCUUUCCUCUUGGCUUUUGCAACCUCAACUUUGAUCGCCUUCCAUAUUGCUUUUACUUCCCAACUCCACUCCAUAAUAAUCCAUCCUAAACAAACGCGCCUCCGCGUAAAGUCCCCGGCCGGAGAGUUUUCCAAGGGCGGUGGGCGGCCUAGUAUGAACUUUUCGUCUUCUUCGGCGGCUGUGUUGCCGGAUUAUUCUCCCCGUGUAUCAACGCCGGCGAGUCAACGGUCAUUGCCGGUUCAGGAUUCUGGUCGGAGUUUAGGAGGGGUUUCCGCCAGCUCAUCUGGGGCAAGGACAGGAAACGUGGGACAUGGAGUGUUUCACGACCAAGAUCUCUUUUUCGAAGAGUACGAGGAAAUGAAUGGGACCUUAAAGAUAUUCGUUUAUCCCCACAAGAAAGACGACCCCUUCGCGAAUGUUCUGUUACCGGUCGACGGCGAGCCCGGCGGCAACUACGCCAGCGAAAGCUACUUCAAGAAAUCCCUCUUCAAGAGCCAUUUCAUCACCCAAGACCCAAACGAGGCCCACCUCUUCUUCCUGCCCUUCUCCAUCGCUAGCCUGAGAAACGACAAGCGCAUCGGCGUAGGAGGGAUUAAGGAUUACGUCAGAGAUUACGUCUCUUACGUCAGCCACGAGUACCCUUUCUGGAACCGCUCCGCCGGCGCCGACCACUUCUACGUUUGCUGCCACUCCGUCGGGAGGUCGGCGAUGGAGAAAGCUGUUGACCUAAAAUUGAACGCCGUUCAGGUGGUUUGCUCUUCCAGCUACUUCUUGCCGGGGUACAUCGCCCACAAGGACGCUUCCAUCCCGCAGAUAUGGCCACGGAACGGGAACCCGCCGCGUCGACCGCCGCGAAAGCGGUCAACGCUGGCGUUCUACGCCGGAGCGAUGAACUCCCGGGUCCGGCGAGAUUUGGUCGGGCGGUGGAAGGACGACGAGGAGAUAUCCGUCCACGAAAGCCGCUUGAAAACGUCGUACGCGGAGGCGCUAUUGGGGAGCAAAUACUGCAUCCACGCAAAGGGGUACGAGAUCAACACUGCCCGAAUCGGCGACGCCAUCUACUACGGCUGCGUGCCGGUGAUAUUGGCAGACUUCUACGAUCUCCCGUUCGCCGACGUUUUGAAUUGGAAGAGCUUCUCAGUGGUGGUUUCGACGGCGGACAUAUUUCGGAUGAAGGAGAUACUUAAAGGGAUAGAUUACUCGGAUUAUGUGAAGCUGCAAAGCAAUGUGAUGAAGGUUCAGAGGCAUUUCCGGUGGAACAAUUUUCCGGCCGAUUUUGAUGCGUUUCAUAUGGCUAUGUAUGAGCUUUGGCUUCGAAGAGGUGUUUUAAGACUCUCUUGAUCAAGCUUAAAUAAAGUGUCCAAUGUACAUGCCAGGAUAAUAUAUAUAUAUAUAUAUAUAUAUAUA